AUGGGAAAGGCGUCUGGCGCGAAGCAUAGGAACCACCGAGGCGGCGGCGAUAAGCCCGAGAAGGGUUACACCGGGGACCGUGACGAAGUGGAAUCAGCUGACGAGGGUUCUAGCGAUAGCGAUUAUCUUUCGGAGUCGGAAGACGAAGGGACUGACGAUUACAAGCGAGGUGGUUACCACCCCGUGAAGAUCGGCGAUUCGUUCAGGAAUGGUCGUUAUCGCGUGGUGAAGAAGCUCGGAUGGGGUCACUUCUCGACCGUCUGGCUCGCGUGGGAUGAAACGGAGAAGCGCUACGUGGCUCUCAAGGUGCAGAAGAGCGCGUCGCACUAUACCGAGUCAGCUCUUGACGAGGUUCAGCUCCUCAGACAGGUGGCGGACGGCGAUCCGCGGAACGACAAGUGCGUGGUGCGCCUACUGGACCACUUCCGCCACUCGGGCCCUCACGGCUCGCACGUGUGCAUGGUCUUCGAGUCGCUAGGGGAGAACCUCCUCUCGCUCAUCCGCCGCUUCCGCUACCGCGGCCUCCCCCUCCCCGCAGUCAGGCACCUCGCGCGCCACAUCCUCACAGGCUUAGACUAUCUUCAUAGGCAGCUGUCGAUUAUACAUACGGACUUAAAGCCCGAGAACGUGCUGCUGGUGCGGUCGAUAGAUGAUCAGCUGGGGAUUGGGGGGAGAAUGGACGGUCCCCCGCCUCCGCCUCCGCCUCCCCCUCCGGUUUCGGUUUCGCGUGGGGGGGAUGGCGCGGGGGCUGGGGGAGGGCGCGGGGGUGGUGCUGGGGCGGGAGGGGCGGGGGGAACGGCGGAAGGGGGGCCGUUGGCGUCACCGGCGUCGUCGGGACUGACGAAGAACCAGCGGAAGAAGCUGAAGAAGAAAGCCAAGAAGGCUGGAGCUGCUGCCGGCGGUGCUGCUAAUGGCGCUGCUGAUGGGGCUGCUGGUGGUGGUGGUGCGGGGGCACAGGCCGGGGAAGGGGGAGAAGGGGGAGAGGCGGAGGCGGGGGCUGCGGAUAUGGGGGAGAGUGAGGGGGGUUCGAGGAUGGAGGAGAGUAGCGCGGGCAUGGGGGAAGGGGGCGCGGGGGGAGGCGCGGAGGGGAUGGUGGAGGACACGGCGGAUAGCAGAGCAGCAGGGGGGGCGGCGGUGGAGGGAGGGAGGGAGUCGUCCGCGUUAGAAGCUGGGCUGAAAGAGUUCCUAGGGCUCGAAGGUAACGGAAAGGCAAGAGGGCCAGGUGAAGGGGUGGGGAAAGGGGCCGAAGCAGGGGCAGGGGGUGGUGGAGAGGCAGGGGCAGCAGCAGCAGCAGCAGCAGCAGCACCAGUAGUAUCACCGCUGGCAGCGGGACUGGGAGCACAGAAGGGGGUAUUCACGUCUUCGUCUUCAAUGGAGGAUUACCUCGGGCUGGCCGACCUAGCUGCGUCUGUUGCUGCCACUGGCACCGCUUCUGCUGCUGGUGGUGGCGGUGGUGUGGCAGGGGCUGAUGGUGGCACACAGGCGAAGAGUGCAGGGGAAAAAGCUUCAGCAGCAACAGCGGCAGCAGCAGGAGGGGCAGCAGGAACAGCAGCAGCAACAACAGAGGCAGCAGCGGCACAAGCGGCAGCAGAGGCGGCAGCAGAGGUGGCAGGGAGGAGGAAGCGGCCUGUGGACCUGACAGGGAUGGAUAUGAGCUGUAAGAUCGUGGACCUCGGGAAUGCCUGCUGGACGUACAAGCAGUUCACGAGUGACAUUCAGACGCGCCAGUACCGCUGCCCCGAGGUGCUGCUGGGGGCGCGCUACUCCACCUCCGCUGACAUGUGGUCCUUUGCCUGCCUCAUCUUUGAGCUCGUCACUGGAGAUGUGCUCUUUGACCCUCGCUCAGGCCAUGACUUCGACCGGGACGAGGAUCAUCUUGCGCUGAUGAUGGAGCUUAUUGGCCGGAUUCCAAAGAAGAUUGCCCUAGGGGGCAAGUACUCUAGGGACUUUUUCUCCCGCAACGGGGAGCUGAGGCACAUAAGGCGCCUCAAGUUCUGGCCGCUAGAGCGAGUGCUCACAGAGAAGUACGACCUCCCCCCAGCAGAAGCCACCUCCCUCGCCUCCUUCCUCACCCCCAUGCUUGACUUUGCCCCUGAGAGACGCGCCACUGCCCGCCAGGCCCUCGCCCACUCCUGGCUCGCCGAACCUGAGCCGGAGCGGCCGUUAGGUUCGGCUGGUGCAGGAGGUUCGGGUGCAGAGGUAGGGUCGGGUGGGGCGGUGGGUCGGGCGGGUGGGGAGGUGGAGGAUAAGAGGAAACGGGGGGAGAGUAGGGAGAAGAAGGGGGGUGGAGUGAGGGAAGGGAUGGAGAGCGGUGAGAGGAGGGAGGGAGAGAAUGAGGCAUCUGCAGAUGGGAAGGGAAAGGUGAAUGGGAUAGAUGGGGGAGGGAUGAGAGAUAAGAGGGAACGGACCGGAGGGAAGGGAGGGGGUGGAGGAGUGAUGAAUGGGGAAGACGAGGGUAUGGACUGCGAUUCUGAGGGUGGUUUGAUUGGUGGGCAAAGAGGAGGUAAAGCAGCUACCAGAGCAGCUGUAACGUCGCCAUUAGCUCCUUCAGUGCCCUUGUCGGCAUGA